AUGCAUAUAAGUCUGCCUGCUUCGACACCUACACGAACCGCCGAGCCUCCCUUCCUCUAUACCACAUCGCUUGAUGCAAGAAAAGCCGACAACGGUCGCCGCCUAUGCGGCCGGGCCUCACUCGCUGCCGUUGCUCUGUUCUAUGUCUUUGGGCCGAACUACACAAUCGACGGAGAUGAGUCAAACGACAGCAAUCGCAAAAAGAGCAUCGUGGGCCUGUCCAACCUGGCCAAUGACUGCUUUAUCAAUUCGGUACUGCAGGCAUUGGCCGGGUUGGGAGAUCUGCGGGUCUACCUGAUCCACGAGCUGCACCGGCGCGAGCUGGAUGGACCGGAAAUAUACCAUACACUGCCGAGCGAGGAUGGACUUUCGCCGGCGCGGUCGGACAAGUUGCGGGAGUUGCAACAGGGCAUAACCACACGGGCAUUGAAGGAGAUGUUGGACCGCUUGAAUGAGCGUCCGAUCUAUAAAAAAACAAUCUCGGCCCGUGACUUCAUCCAGGCUCUGGAAUACGCGUUUCGUACGCGCAUCAGCCGCAAUCAGCAGGACGCGCAGGAAUUCUUGCAGAUUGUUCUCGAGCGACUUUGUGAUGAGUACCAUGCUGGUGCACGCGCGCGUCAACGAGCACUGGGUGCCAUUGAUGCAGCUGCUUCCAGCUCGGCGGGUGAAGAGGGCAGCGCACAAGAAAGCUCGUCCGAGGUGGAGGUGCGCAUCGAUGAUGGAUCGGCCAAUGGACUACCCGCCAUAAUCGACACGAAACUGAAGGAAAUCGACCAGGAGUCCGGGUUCCCGUUCGAAGGCAAAAUGGAGUCGCAGAUCGAGUGCCAGUUCUGCCAUUACCAAUACAAGCCAAAUCAGACGGCUUUCGUCAACUUGACACUACAGGUGCCGCAGAAGAGCUCGACUACGCUCAACUCGUGCUUCGACGGUCUCCUCAAGACUGAAUAUAUCGAGGAUUUCCGUUGCGACCGAUGCCGCCUGCAGCAUGCUGUGGAAGCCAAGAUCACCGAGCUAGCCCGUGCCCGAACACAGGGUGAUCGAGAUCGGUUGGACCAGGAGAUUUCACGCCUCCGCGAGGCUCUCGAGACGGACCCUGAGGCCGAGUUGGAGGGUAUUGUAUUCCCUCCGUCAGAGACCGCCCCGAAGCGCAGAAUUGCGCGACACAUGCGCAUCACGGCGUUCCCAAAGGUCAUCGCCAUCCACUUGUCGCGGUCGAUCUUUGAUCAAAGCAGUUCGAGCAAGAACGCGGCCAAGGUCGCAUUCCCGGAGAGGCUCCCUUUGGGAAGCAUCUUGAGCCAGAAAUGGUACAAGCUACUUGCAAUUGUCUGCCAUAAAGGUAGCCACCAUAGCGGGCACUACGAGUCCUUCCGACGGAAUCAUAUCUACCCGCCGUUCUCGACGCCCGAGGUCUUCAGCUCCUACGCGCAGAGUCGCACUGCUAGUCAGAGCCCCUCCGCGGCGCCAAGUCCUCGGAUCGUACCACGCAGCAGCCCCGAUGUCGAGGGCGACGCAACCAUUUCCAGAGCUGAAUCGUCAACCUCGCUAUCUGGAGCUUCAGCGACCCAACUCACCCCUCCUCAACCACGGCCUACAACCUCUGGCUCGCGUCGUUCUUUCCAGAGCACCAACUCGCGUUCCUCCAAACAGACGUUGUCCCCGUCUCUGAUAGCAACAGCCCGACGACGGACCAGGGAUACCCCCACUGUCAGUUCGCGGCUUCGGCGCCGUCGCAAACCGAACGAUCGCUGGUGGCGCAUCUCGGACGAGAAGAUCAAGGAAUGUAAGACCUCAGACGUGCUGGGCAUGCAGAGGGAGGUCUACCUCUUGUUCUAUGAGUUGGAGAAGCCUGAUGCGAGCCCUACCAUGGGACGUUGA